CCAAUCAUAGCCCUCGCGUUAAUCCCGGCCCUCCUUUCGGUCGCCAGGCUGUCCACCCUCCCGCACAGCGGCGCACCGUGCACUGGGACCCGCGGUUGGUCACCCAUGGAGCUUAUUUGGCCAAGUGGGUCCUGGACUCGCUCCAGAGUGGCCCACUUGAAUAUUCCAGAGCAUUCUCGCGCUUCAUACUUAGCUCCCUUUCGACGAUGUCCGCGAUGCCCAUCAUGAUCAUAGUCGAGGUCUGAUAGUGGGCCACAGUCGAGGUCUGAUAUCGGCGCUGUAGAUUGUAGAGAUUCAUGGGCUUAUCACAUGUGUCGCGCGUCAUCAGAAGCGCUGCUAUAUCCAUCCAGCUGCUUUACAAUUACACUGACACGACUUGAUUGCCGCCCCGCGGAGACACACAACGCUCGCCGCAUCACAGCGGCCUUCAUGUCUGCGGCUUGCCAACCAAGGCAGUGUGUCUCACCCUCUUUCGGCUCUCUCUUAUUCAUUCUCUUCCGUACUCUCACUCUCCAAAAAUAAACUCUGAUUUCUCUAUAUCUUUCUCGACCGUCCGACACCAGCAAGAUCCAAGCCAUGCCGUCCUCGAGCGCUGUCUCUGACAAGCGCCCCGCCAGCACCUUCAUCGGCGCAGUCGAGGACGAGUGGCAGCUCUACACGUCCGUUCUCCUCUCUUUCUCCUCUCUCUCCCUUCUCUCUCUUCCUCCUCGUCGCCGUCACCCUGAUCAUCUUGACCUCCAUUCUGAUAAUCAAUAUCGACUCACAUCCGAUGAUGUCCCCUACAGCGACAACGCAGCAGAUUACACACUCGGCCCCGCAAUCGGUUUCGGUGCAUCAUCGACCGUCUACUCCGCAAUUCACCACCCCCCACCCACCCCAUCCUCCCCCACUCCAAACCCCGUCCCCUGCGCGCUCAAAGUCCUCGACCUCGACAAACUGCCCCCACACUCCCUCCGUCUCCUCGAACGCGAGACCCAACUGAUGUCCUUAUCCAAACACCCGAACGUCCUCCGUGUGCGAGGAAGCUGGAUCGAGGGACACAAACUGCAUAUCGCGCUCAGGCUCAUGAAUGCAGGCAGUGCCGCGGACGUGAUGAGGUAUGGAUGGCCGGGUGGGAUGUCCGAGGAGGUCGUGAGGUGUAUACUGAAGCAGGCGUUGGAGGGUCUCAAUUACCUCCACAUAAACGGCUUCAUCCACCGCGACGUCAAAGCCGCAAACCUCCUCAUAGACGACGACGGCACCGUCCUCCUCGGCGACCUCGGCGUCGCCGCGCCUCUACACGACGAAGACCACACCCAUCCCCAUCUUAACACUAAAGAGAACGGUACGAAUUCGAAGACGGAUAGGAGCGUUGUGUUCGAUGCGGUGGGGAAUACGCCGCCGAGGAGGGCGAGGGUGGGGAAGAGGAGGUCGUUCGUUGGAACUCCGUGCUGGAUGGCGCCCGAGCUGAUCUCGGGGAAACAUUACGACUCGAGCGCCGAUAUCUGGAGUUUCGGUAUCACGGCGCUGGAGCUCGCGCAGGGACGCGCGCCGAGGUCGAGAGAGUCGUCGCAUAAUGUUUUGCUCAAGACUGUGCAAGACGCGGCGCCGACGCUAGAUCGCGACGGAGGGGUGCAUAAGUAUUCGCGCGCGUUUCAGGAGGUCGUGGGCAAGUGUCUUGCGAAGGAUCCGGCUGGACGACCGACCGCGGCCCAACUCCUCCAAACCCCCUUCUUCAAGAACGCGAAACGGAAAUCAUACCUCGUCGGGACUAUCCUCCACGACCUCCCACCAAUCGUCCAACGCCUCGAACGUCUCCAAGCCCGCAACGCAACAUUACACCGCACCAUCGACUCUUGGGAUUUCUCGACGUCUUUGUUGCCCGGGCUCUUACACGGACACGGACACGGACACGGACAUCACCACCACCACCACCAGCACGGACCGGGGAUAUCGAGAAGGGGAAGCGCGGAUAGUCAUUCGUAUGUAAGACAGGGGAGGAUGAGUGGUGAUGGACAUGGGAGGGUGAGUAGUGAUGGACAUGGGAGGAUGAGCGGGGACGGACAUUCGAUGAGGAGUAUUGCGAGUUCGAGGAGGGAGCGUGGGAUAAGUGGGGAUGGAGGGGGAGGGGGAGAGGUGUUUGAGCUUGAUGAGGUUUUUGGGACGGGGGCGGGGGCGGAAGAAGUUGUGGAGGACGAGGAUGAGGACGAGGAGGAAGGGGCACCAUCAUCAUCAUCGGCCUCUGGUUCUCAACGGUCUUCGUCUCCCGAUUCUACACACAGCAACAGCGCCCCGUCCGCAUCCUCGCCUGAGGACACACCCGAUUCGACACAAGAGCCCAGCUCCCAACCCGAAGCACACGCCCCCACCGCAACCAACGAUCUCUCCUCAUCCCCACCGCACCGGCCCUCACACUCACCUCCAACUCCAAUCCCAACCCCCCUCCCCUCAACCACCAACUCCCUCUCCCCAACCCGCCCAGCCCACUCCCGCACGCCCUCCACCCGCUCCACUCUCUCAUCCGUAUUCAACGACUCCACGGAAGGUAUCGGGCUCUCUUCGUCGCCGCCUAGUCUCGUUGUGGGGUUGCCUUCGAGUGCUGGGAGUAGUGGAGGAGGGGGAGGAGGGGGUGGGGGAGGUGGAUUUAGUGGAAGUCCGGUGGGCGGUCUGUGGAGGAGGUUGAGGAAGGGAAGUAUGGGCGUUGUGAGUGGAAGUAAUGGCGGGGUGGCUGGCGCGGAGGAUAAUAGUGAUGCGGAUGCGAAUUCACACGCGAACGGGGCGGUGAAGGGUGCGAAGAGGAGGACGGGGAGUUUUGGGCUCGCGGUGGGUGGGAGGGUCGGGUUGUUGGGGAGGAGGAAGGGACGGGAGAGGGAGGAGGAGGCUGUUGUUAGUUCGUAGUUGCGCUUGUUUGGAAGGCGAGGGGCAGAGAAGGCUGGUUGUGCAACCGUUUCGACUUUUAAGCCAGUGUAAGUUUUGGGUGUAUGAUCAUGUCAUCGUUUUCUUGGUUCCUUCCUUUACCUAUCUAUUUUCGGGGUUUUACUUUACCAUUUCAGGUUUCAACACCUCAUCCUAAUACCCCACUCCAUCACUCUCCAUCUUUCCUAUGUGUACCACUUCCCAAUCACCUACAUUCGGGUGCUGUAGCAAUGUAUCAUCAU